GCCGACAUGGAGAGGAAAGUGGCGGUUGGUGGCUCAGAGGAGGCUGCGUCGGUGGGGUCUGGUGCUGGGGCGCCGGAGCCCCUUAUGCCGUGGGAGAUGGUAAGGGAAAGCGAAAGCACCGUGGAGUCAGCUUCAACAACACUCUCUCUCCCAGACCCGGGGAAUGGCGGCGACAGCGCGGACGGGCUCUGGGAGCUGCCGGUAGAGCACGUCCUGAGGAGGCCGGAGUGCAACCGCUGCAGCCGUCCCCAGAAGGUCUGUUUAUGUCCAUUUCUGCCAGUACAUCGUCUAAAUAUUUCUACAAACCUCUAUAUAAUUCAGCAUCCAGCAGAGGAAAACAAAGUAUUACGGACAGUACCUCUGCUUGCUGCAUGCCUUCCUCAGGACAAGGUUAAGGUCAAGAUUGGUCGACGCUUCAAUGAGGAAAGGGAUCCUGAACUUGCAGCUAUUUGCCGAAAUCCUAGCACUUUAAUUUUAUAUCCUGGUGCUGAAGCAAUUAAUUUGGAAGAAUUGGUAUCAGAUUCUCCUAAUAGUCUUUCCACUAUUAUCAUCAUUGAUGGGACAUGGAGCCAGGCUAAAGAUAUUUUCUACAAGAAUUCCCUGUUCCGACUUCCUAGACAGGUACAAUUAAAAACCAGUGUUUCUAGUCAGUAUGUGAUUCGGACACAACCAACCAAUAGGUGCCUCUCUACACUAGAAUGUGCAGCUGUUGCACUUGCCAUCUUGGAGAAAAAUGAUCACAUUCAAGAGACAUUGCUCCGUCCUCUUCAAGCUUUGUGCUCUUUCCAACUUCAGCAUGGUGCUCAGAUUCGUCUCAGCAAGGAACACCUCUUGAAAAAUGGUCUAUAUCCUAAGCCCAUGCCAAAGAAUAAACGCAAACUAAGGAAAAUGGAGCUCCUAAUGAAUAGUGUUAAAAUUUAG